AUGUUCUUCAAGAAGAAGUCCAAAGUAGCAGUGAGAUCGGUAAGUCCAGUGGAAUCACAUGAUCCAGUUUCGUCAUCAAAAAAUACUUCGUGCUAUCGAUCACAUGUAAAAGAAGCAAACAGUAAUUGUAAUCGAUUAAGUAAACCAUUAAAUAGUUAUCGUCCCAUUACACCGAUACCAUCUUUUGAUAUCUUACCUGCUUCAAUUCCACGUAUCGAAAUUAACAAAACUAUCACUAAUGCUUUUUUAUCAUCGCGAAAUCAUUAUAACACCACGGCCACUUUUUAUGAGCACUCGCCACGAUCCGAUGAUUCCUACGGCAUUUUUUCCCAUUCAACUCAUUCCGAUAGCGGUGAUACAGUACCUUCCGGCAAUGCUAUUUAUACAGGUGAUUCAAUGAUUCCACUUAAAAAAAUUACCAAAGAAAGCCGCUGGAUAUCAGUCCAUGAUGGACAACCG